UAUGAAUAUUCAUAGGCUGGAAAUCGGCGAAUGCCUUCAGGAGGAGAGUUCCCCUUCUCCCGCUAUCUCCCACCACCACCUCCCCUGCCCGCAGCCUGGCGAGAGUCACGUGUUGGGGGGUGGGCGGAUCUUCUCCUCCGAGCUUCAUUCAUAAAUCCUGAGGCCGGUGACUGAGCCGCAGCUCGGAACGGGAGAGGGAGGAGAGGAUCGAGCGGAAAGGCCACGGCAAGGCGGGAGGGCAUCGGUGGCAAUCGCGGGGCGUGCAGCGGGACCCGGUGUCAGAUCAUGAGCAAUGAGUCACCUCCAUGGGAGAAUAUAACUGACAGCUCCACGGCUGCUCCGGCUGCCCCUGGCCAUGAUGGGUACGUCUUGCUCUUGGUCCUUUUGUCUAUCUUCAUUGGAGGAACCCUGCUGCUACUUACCGGGGUCCUGAUCCUUUGUAGACGCUGCUGUGAUUCGCAUCUCAGACUGUCAAGACCCAGUGAUGAUGCAGAGAAAACAAACACUUCCUAUGUCGACGAGUUACAGCAAACACAUGAUAUCACCAUCCGAGUAGAUGAUGCAGAAUCACUGUCCGCCUCAGGUCUUCGCGAUGCAGAGUCAGAAAAGUUUUUGUGCACUACAUCCAGUGGUCGUCGAGUUUCAUUCAAUGAAGGAGCCUUAUGUGGGCAAGAAAGAAGAGAACGCGAAAGGGGAAGAAGGUACACUUUGACAGAAGGAGAUUUUCACUAUCUGAAGAAUGCACGGCUGACUCUCCAUCCGCUUCCCUCCUUACCACCAACCGCUUUACACAUUCUGACCAUACACGAAAGCGAAGGCGGGGAAAGUAGCAGCAGCGGAGGAGCUUCCGAAACACAUGCCACCUCGCCCAGCAAGUCCAACAUCUCUAUAUAUCAGCCUCCUCGAAGUCCUCCAGCUCCACUAACUCGAUUUUCACUCAGUUUAACCUCUGCACUUCCUGGAGAUGCAUACAACUCUGUGGCAGAUACAAGUUUUAUGGAGACUCCCACCCACAGUCUACCCUCUCCAAGACAAAGCCCAGAUAAAAUCCGGUUUGACCUCAGCAGUCAUCUCCCUCCGGGUGGUGCCAGCUCUGAUGUGGGUACCACCCGAAGUCAUGGUGCAGUACUCCAUUUCUUCAGCCGUCUACGGCGUCAUGCAAGCUUGGAAGGAACAAGCCCCUACCUAAAAAUCAAGAAAUGGAAACUGGGCAGUGUGCAGAGAGCAAGCAGCUUAGACACCAGAGGUUCACCAAAACGGCAGCAGUUCCAGCGCCAACGAGCAGCCAGUGAAAGUGCGGAGCGUGAUGACAUUAUACAGUACAUAGCCCACACCCAAGACUCAGUUUUUGCUUCAAAUCAAGGAUCAUACAUACCACAACACGGAACACCAUCACACUCUCUCGGCAGGUUAGAGCAUGGGGAAGAUGGGUCGUUGCCUGAUGUGGGGAGCACAGAACAGGGCCCACUCCCUCCCCAGUGUGACAUUUGGAGCCUACGUGCAUCAUUAGAGCUGUGCGCCUCAGAUCAAAGUAGUAGCAACAAUGACCGUGACUCUGUUCGUAGUGAUGCAGAAAGUGUGAGCUCUUUAAGCGGACUUCCUAGCUUACCCUCCCAAGAUCUGCCUGAUGUUAGGCCUGGGAAGGGAACAGAGCCAGAGGCUGGAUCCCGAAAGCUCCUUCAGAUGGACAGUGGCUAUGCUUCUAUUGAAGCCCCAUGCCGACCACCAGAAGAAUCAUGCAGUCCCCAUAGGGACAAGACUGCUUCCGAAAAGCGACUCUUUUUCACUCAUGCUGGCCGUAAAGGAACAGUAUUUGAAAGUCUGGAGGGGCGCUUAUGUGAACAAGGUGCUGCAGGUGGAGAGGAAGAAACAUGGUUUCCCCACCACACUCAAGCAAUUAGUCCACAAGAUGCUAUUAGUAGACGUGACUACAGCAUUGAUGAAAAAACAGAUGCACUGUUUAAUGAGUUCCUUAGGCAUGAUCCACAGUAUGAUGAUUCUCCUGUGCGCAUAAAGCAUCGAUCAAGGGCACACUUGCGUAAACAAUGGCAGAGGACAAAACAGUACAGUGAUCCGGGCAUCCGUUUCCCCCCUGCUUUAGAUAGACAUCGAGCUUCCCCAUUACGCAGAGGAGACAGCACUAGCUACCUUCCUGACACACGCUACCAUAGUACAUUACCACGUAUUGCAAGCACUACUGAUGAGGAAGGCGCAGACAGCUGUCCACUUAGCCCAGCUUCAUUAACACCGGAAGACAAAAUUCAGGCCAUUGAGGAGGAACCAUAUGAGCAUGGGCCUGCUCCUGAGGAACCCAGACCUCCAACAGAAAACCCAGACCAAGACUAUGGUUAUGGCCCUCAAACAACAGAGCUACUGGAUAAAAUUGGAGCAGGGCUGGAGGAGAGAUUGUAUCCAAUUGUACAGAGGACAGCACACAGCCCUGAGAGGCUCUGCAUGGUGGCACAUAUCUCACCUGAUCACAGUCCUGUGUAGUGGAAACAUCAAGUCUUCAGCAGUUAUCUAAGACAGUUAGGUGGGAUUCAAAGACUAAACAGAUGUGCAACCCAUUUUUCCUGGAUAGCACAGUGCCAAACAAUACCCACUGUGGCACACUGUUAUUUUACCCACUGCCACUUUAUGUGCCAUAUGAACACAUGCAUGACUGUAAAUACAGGCAACACAUGUACACCACACAUCAACAGCAUGGACAUGCACACUACAUUAUUCACCAUACCUGUACAAUUAUCUUCCAAGCAAUAUAAAGUUUCUUCCUGAAGGCCCUUGGCAACUUUGCAUCAGGGCAAAGUAUGGAUCCACUGGCUUUCAAUGUGGACGCUGUAGAUCUAUGUCUCCCGAUCCAAAACAGGACUUUCAGGCACAAGGGAUGUUCGGGGUUGGCUGGUGCA